AUUAAUUAGGCUUGCAAAUUUCUUGACGAACAAUGGUUUCCAAAGAUUACAUUGAUAAUUGCACAGAAAAGACACCACACGAAGUUUUUCUUAGCUGGUGGAUCUCCUGACAAUGUUCCACCUGGGACUGUUGUUGAUAAGCAAGUUUGUCAUCCCGGAAACUAUAACUUCUACAUGUGUUCACAGGCAGGAAUGAUUGGAACAAGCCGACCAACUCACUACCAUAUUUUGUUCGAUGAAAAUGAGUUGAAUCCUGAUGAUCUUCAAGAGCUUGUGCAUUCACUUUCAUAUGUAUAUCAAAGAAGCACUACCGCAAUCUCAGUAGUGGCACCAAUUUACUAUGCCCAUCUUGCAGCUUCACAGGCAGCCACGUUCAUAAAAUUUGAAGAGUCUGAAACUUCCUCAAGUCAACAAGAAAUUGCAGCACCUGGUACAGUACCAGUUCCUGAGCUUCCUAUACUUCAUGAGAAUGUUAGGAAUUCCAUGUUCUUUUGUUAGGAAGAACUGACAACUCUUUUUUUUUUUUAUGGUAUAAAUUAUAA